UUCUUCACUGUAACAUUUUCUUAUUUACGAGCUUACAGAUUUAGCGAAAUGGUGAACGAGGAAUUUAGAACAAUCAUGUUUUUCCAAUUCUAUACAAGUCUGUGUAUGAUCUGUUUCAACCUUUAUCAAAUAACACAAAUGGAAAUGGAUUCGAACAUCAUAGGAAGGAUCCUCUUUAUGAACUUCUCGUUGAUGCAGAUAUUUUACUACUGUUGGUUCGGGAAUGAAGUCAAGCUUAAGAGUUUGGAACUUUCUGAUGUGAUAUUCAGAAGCGACUGGACAUCGUUAAAUAACAACGUUAAGAGAGCUUUUUUGAUGUUAAUGAGGCGCGCUAUGAGACCUAUCGAAUUUACCAGUAUUUACGUCAUCUCCGUCAACCUUGAGUCCUUCAUGACACUACUGAAGACUUCUUACUCCGUGUUCAGUGUGUUCCAACAGAGCCAGGAAUCGUGAAAACAAAGGAUAAUUUCUUAACAUAGAACCGUCUUUCUUCGAUUCUUCCGAAUAGAGUAAUAACUGUUCACUUAGAGAAAGGAAAAGAAAAAAACAAAUCUUUCAAAACACUGGAAACUUGCACUAGAGUAUCCGAAGUGCAUUCCAAUAAAUUAUA